ACUUCAAAGUGUGUGGUGCGAGUGGUGCGCGCGUCAGCUGGCGGGAAGAAAUGAAACGGCAAAAUGAACGAACCUUAAGUUUAUUGUAAUUACUUAGUAUUCUAUAAAAUUCAAGCGGGAAUGAAGAUCAAACGAGGCAGAACGUUAAAGAAGAAUAAAUAUGCCGUUUAUUCAGCGCAUUGUCGAGCCAAUUUACCUGAGCCGGCAGAGUUUGCACAAGGAAGAAAGCGCGUCGGUGGUCACGGAAUAUGAAUUGGAAGCAGUGACGAAUAAUACACUCAGCAAUGCGUUGCGACAGUUGGCUUCGCUAGUUGUUAUAGCAAACGACAUAUUCGAUGACCUCGCUAAACAGCUUCAAGAUGUUUCCGAAAGGGCGACCAAACUACGGACAAGGAUUGACCUCAUCGAGGAGAAGGUGUCGGCGUUUGAUCCCAAAACUGUCACAGUCCGUAAGUACAAUCAACUUUCGGUAUGACUUGCAUCCCGGACUACUUGACAUUUCGCCUUUACGUAAGUACUGAAUUGCGAGUGCUGAAAUCCUUCUU